CCCAGCCAGCCAGAAACAGACGGAGCGAGCUCGAGGAAAGGUUGUGCGUCGUUUUGGGAGCUUCUGCUGCGCUGCCACCAUGGCGAGCUACUCUCGCGUCCUGCUUCGGAUGCUCCCUCUGCGGCGUUGGCCUCUGCCCGGCUUGGGCCCCGUUUGGCUCAGCGAGCUGCAGCCGGCGUGCAGGCCCCUGUGGCCGGCCAGCCCCAGCUUCGUGGACCGCGUGAUGGGCGACAUGGAGAGGCAGUUCCAAGAGAUGGAGAAGAUGAGCCGCGCCUUCUUCCAGGCGACGCCGCUCCCCUUUAUGGGGGAGCGCGAAAGCGCAAAGGAAGCCUCGGAGGAGAACGCCAGCCCAGCCGGGGAUAGCAAAAGCCAUUACCGCUUCUCGGUGGACGUGGCCGGCUUUACUCCCGAGGAGAUGACGGUGAACCUGGAGGGGAGGAAAGUGACGGUGACCGCCAAGCGCCAAAGGGAGAGCCAGAGCAAAGACAGCGGCGGCUACUGGGUGGAGCAUCAAGAGCUGCGCCGGGAGACCCUCCUGCCUCCCGAUGUGGACCUUCAGGCCAUCACUUGCUCUCUGAAUCCGGAUGGGCAGCUGUGCAUCGAGGCCCCCCGGCUGGCCUCCCCCGAGUCCGCGCAACACACCAUCCCCAUCGAUGUGAAAGCAGCCGAGCCGAGUCCCGGCGGGGAGGACAAGCCCAAAGAGCACUGAUCCUAUGGAUGGAUAGAUGGAUGUGUUCCUGCCGCGCACAUAGAAAAUCGCUCUAUGAAAAUGGAGCAGGCUCAGCUGCUAGCUUUAGCAAGGCUCUGCAGCCUUGACUCUCUUCUUUCCUUGUCUACAAUAAAAGCCUCUUUCAAAAUUUA